AUGCCCUUUUACGUAAAAACUGCCAGAGUUGCCGCGAGAGGCGGAUCAAGGCAAUGUGACCGCAGUGAGCCGGUCUGCUCGCAAUGCAAGAGAGCGGGGAAACCAUGCGGUGGCUAUCGCGAUGUCCCGUCUCUCAUGUUCCGUGACGAGAAUGACAAAACGGCCCGACGGUCUGCAGCCGCGAAAUCUAGAUCGGAGGCCCGGCGCAGGCUGUUGCAUCCCGAAAAGCCUCCUUCUAGCCCGGAGUCCUCUGAUUCUUCUCAAUCAAGUCUUGUAGUGUCGGAAAGAAAGACUUUUGUGGUUUUCAUGCCAACAAUCCCAGCUCCCGUGUCAUCCAGUGUGGAGGAGCAAGGAUUAUCCUUUUUUUGUCAUCGAUUUGUCACGGCCAUUUCGAUGCUAGAGCGUCCGUCACCGCAACUGGAGAAGUCUACCUUUUUUAAUAUGAUCCUACUGCAUCCACCCGUCCGAGAUGCCGCCAUCGCGGUUGGCCUAGCUGCAAAGUCCAACGUCACGCGGGACCGAUCGAUGCAUCUGGUGGCACGGGAGAAGUAUGUGUCGGCCAUUAACAUCGUCCGCAUGGCGGUGGAGAAACCCGAACUGGCCAAUCCGGAGCAGACUUUUAGGCUAAUCCUGAUGCUAAGUUUAUACGAGAUGGUUAGUUGCGCAUCCAAACAAGUUGAUUCUUGGAUGGUGCAUCUUGAUGGUGCUACAGCCCUGCUCAAACAAACCACCUUCAACCGGACCCUGACUGCCUCCCGACCUCGUCGGCAAUUGCAAUAUUAUUAUGUCUCCAUCUUGAAAUAUUUCAUUGCCGAAGGAAACACCCUGCCGGAUUUCCUUGAUUGGUCUCCUGAUAUCAAAUCGACCUUUGCCCCUGAUAUGCAGCCAGCCAUCCGUCUGGUCGACAUAAUGAUCCGUUUUAUGAAGCUACACUCGUCCAUCCGAGCAGACCCAGAUCCGGACCCAGAAACCACGGUGCGUUCAGCGCUGGCUUUCGAGACAGAGCUAGAUCAGUGGGUGAAAAGUCUCCCAGAGAAGUGGAAAUUUGAGUUGAAUGAGUCGAGUGAUACCCAAAACACAUUUAAUGGAAAGUACAUGGUCUAUGAUGAUGUGUGGCCGUCAAGAGACCUCAACCAUUACUUUUGGACAAGGUUGAUGGUUAACGAGAUGAUUCUGUCUCACAUAUCAAUGUUUAAAACCACGACCACCAGAGACCUUAAGCAGCGACAGUUGGCAUUGGAUACAAUAUCUCAGAUGGCGACUAAUAUCUGCGCCGGCGCUGCCAGCCAGAUGGGUGCCUUUGGUUGCGGAUUACCGGCUGGAAACCCGACGCGGGUGCCCCCUUUGAAUGGGAUAUUCAUGUUGAUGUUCCCGUUGGCGGUUGCGGGAGGUGCGGCCGGAGCUCCAGAUGAAGUAUACGAAUGGGUGGUUCAAAGAUUCCAGAAGAUCGGAAGCACGAUGGGGAUCCGGCGAGCGCUGGAGUUGAUACCGAGAUUGAAGCAGGCUCGAGAAGCAAAGCUGCGGCAAAUAUUGAAAAGCUAA